AGCAUGUCGCUCUUGUUGUUAAUGAUCUUAUUCUCAGAUGGUCUGAACUGUUCAGGAGCUACGGUGAAACCUGUUGUUUCCUUCUCACCAAACGUUGGAAAGAUCUUCAUAAAAGAAUCUAUAACACUAUAUUGUAAGGUGGAUUCCACGUAUCGACAAUCCCAGAGAUACUCCUGGUAUAAAGAUAAUAAGUUUAUAAAGAACAGUCAGAGCUUUAUUACUACUAAUUCUGCUCGUUCAGAACACAGCGGAGAUUAUUCGUGCAAGUUUGCUGAUAGUGAUAUGAGUGAUUCUCUCCGACUAGUAGUGAGUGAUGGUUAUGUCAUUCUGCAAUCACCUGCCACCCCUGUGUAUGAAGGGGACAACCUGACCCUGAGAUGUCGUCACAGGAAGGGAACGCCUGAAACAACCACAUUUUACAAGGGCGGCAACAUUUUAUCAUUACAAACUGAUUAUUUAAAUCUUGAAAGUGUGGAUAAAACUGCUACCGGUACAUACAGCUGUGAAAAAUAUAUAGCGUUUACAUUUUCUAAAGAAAAAUAUGAAGACUCAACAUAUAUCACCGUUAGAGAUCUAUUCUCUGACCCUGAAAUAAAAGCAAGUCAAUCGAAUCAGCUGAUAAAAGGUUCUGCCAUGACCCUGACAUGUGACACAAGACUUGCCCCACCCAGGGCAGAUACACAACUACAGUUUAUCUUCUACAAAAAUGAGCAGAAAUUGCAGGAAUUUGGUAAAUCCAAUCAAUACCAAGUUAACUCAGUUCAGCCACAUGAUUCCGGAGAUUAUACCUGUGAAGUGAGAACUGCAACUGGCAACGUCAAGAAAAUGAGCAGAGAAAUUCAGAUUGAGAUACAAAGUCUUCCCCCAGCUAACGUGAUGGUGAGCCUAAAGCCACCCAAAGAUAUGAUCAUGGAAGGAGAGAGGCUGGAGGUGACUUGCUCUGUAGAUAUACGGCCGGAAACAUUUGAAUUCUGCUGGUGUAAGCAAGAUGCGGAAAGUUGUGAUGGGAAGCAAAGUUCAAAUUCACAACAGGUCCAAUUUGCUGUGGAUCCUGUGUUGGAAAGCUACAGUGGAAUAUAUUACUGCUUAUUGAUUUCUAACAAGUUUCAGACAUCGAUCCGAAGUGAAUCUGUAAGGAUAUCUGUGAAUGUGCCUGUGACUGAUGCACAAAUCCGUGCCGACAGAGACAUUCUGGAGAUGGAGACUGGCAACAAUGUGACAUUUACCUGCUCAGUGGAGCGAGGGACUUCUCCUUCCUUCAAAUGGAAACAUAACGAGGUGCAGGUGAAUAAUGUAUCCGGAUUGUACCAGAUCCAAGACUCUGGAAAGAUAUUAUAUAUAGACAAUGUCCAGGCUCAGCAUGGAGGAACAUACCAGUGUUGGGCCAGCAACCAAUUCUCAACCAACAUUUUCUUCACUGUCAAGAGCAACAUCCUGACCAUCACGGUCUCAGAAAGAAUUUCUGGAAUUCUGGCUUACUCAAUCACAUUGUUUGUUCUGGUGUUACUUCUGAUUAUAGCCAUACUUCUUUUAAAAUAUAGACACAAACUACCCAUCCCAUGUGGUAAAAGGCAUCAACCUGAGACCACAGCAGGUGUUGCACACAGUAAACCCCACGUCAGGAUUACUCAGAGACCACGAAAUGAAAGUUCCGAUGAGGACCAGUUGGAUUACCAGAAUAUACCCAGCAGGCACAUCAAUGUGGAAGACAAUGUGUCGUACAGUUACCUAGAUAUCUGCAGCAUGCCUCGAAACACUCUGACUCCCAGGAAUGAUGAAAACAUCGUAAAAUAUGCUGCUGUGAAAUGCGCACAUACUACAAAUGAUGAACAAAAUUCUUAUGAAGACAUGGCCAACCACUCUCCAGAGAUCUAUGAGAACUUUAACUCCAAGUAGUAUAACAACAACUCUGUAUAUGGAAAAUGUAGACUGGAUAUUGCUCUAUUAAAAAGACACUCUUCUUCCCAAAUUAAAAAAACACUCUUUAGUAGAUAUACUCCUGAUGCAAACAUACAUGCAUCUAAUUAUAUGUUUUAACAUUGUGGUAUAUCUAAAAACAACUCUUGCCUGCAGCUUCUGCAACCCUUUUCUAGCUAACUCCGCCCAGACUUUCUGUGGGUGACCAAUCACAGUCUUCCCUAUGCAAUGAGAAGU